AUGGAAACCAAUCUUACCUCCCAGCCUAACAAUCCUGGUGUGACCAAGUACGGAAAUGGAAUUAGAAAUGGAAAUGGCAAUAACAAUAGCAAUGGUAAUGGAUUUGGUGCCAAUAUCGGCAUCAAUACCCCGUCCAAACCCAAAGACCUAACAGACCUCCCCCUCGACCUCUUCGUCAUCAUAGCACGGUUCCUCGCCCCGCAGGACAUCAUCCUCUCCCGCCGCGUCAGCCGCGCCUGGCACGCGGCCUUCACGGACGCCGUGGCGUCCCACAACUUCAUGACGCGCCACUUUCCGCGCUCGCGCGAGAUGCGCGCCGGGGACGAAGGCGCGAACCCGGACUGGGCAGGCGUGUUUGCCGAUGUGGCGAGACGGUAUUUCUACCUGCGCGCCGCGAAGCCGCGGCUCGUCGAGAAGAUCGACGUCGUGAGGGAGGGCUCGGCCGGGUUCCGGGGCGUUCCGCCUUGGGAGCGCUGGUUGAGGUGGGACGAUCAUACCGCGCCGUUUCAGUACCCGGAUACCACGUGGUCGGUCGACGAGGGGCUGCUGGUGUACCAGGAGGUGGUCGCGCGGCGCUGGGUCGCGUAUGAUCUCGAGACGAGGCGGGUGUUCGACGUCCCGUUUGAUGGGAAGGGGAAGAUUGUCCGCAGGCUGAGGCUUGGCGAGGGGGUGCUGGUGUUUGAGUGGUGCAAGGAGAUUGGGGUGUAUUCGUUUGAUACGGGGGAGAAGUCGUAUGGGCAUUUUGCGACGGCGUUUGAUGUCCGGCGGCGCGGGGAAGAGGGUUCGAACGAGGGCUGGGGGGAGUGGGAUAUCGCGCUCCGCUGCGAGUGGAAGAUUCUUUCCCUGAACUUACCGCUGGACGACAACGACCGCUUCUUCUCGGCACACACGGCGACGCAUUACGCGCUGUACUCGUGGCAACCCGACCGCAGAUCGCCGUGGCUGAUCGACCCGCGCGAAGAGCUUAUCGUGUGGGAUAUUUCGCACCCGUCAACAACGCGCCGCCGCCCGUCGUUAGAUCCAGGCAGCAGCGCUAACACUAACAAGAUUAUUAUUAUUCCCAACCCGCCGGGACCAGCCCUCGUCAAGAAGUUCUCGCGCCGCGAUCUCGAGUUCCUGGGCUUGCGCCAGCGAUACACGCCGUCGAUCAGGGAAAUCCGCGUCGACGAGGCGAACGUGUACGUGCACGAGGAAGAGCACCGGUGGCUGGCGGGCCGGCACGCCAGCCUGUCGCCGCCGCGGCACCACCUGGUGCGGUGCACGGGGGUCCCGUUUUCGGGCGCGGGGCCCCGGUGGUUCGACGAGUGCUGCGCCGACGGCGACGUGCACAUGAGCUUCUGCCCGCGGGCGGGCUCGCUAGCGCGGAUCCUGGGCAACGAUGCGCGCUUGUUGUCGGGCGACGAGGAGGGACGCCUGUGGCCGGGGUGGGCGCCGUGCUGGCGGCACGAAGAGUUUCCGUAUCUGACGGUGAGCGAUGCGGUGGAUGCGCGGGCGGGGGUCAGGGUCGUGGCGCGGCAGUGCUUUAUCAUGGAGGCGCUGUCGAGUUUUGUCCUGCCGAAGAUUAGUAUGCUGGAGGAGCAGGAGCAGGAGCAGGAUAUAUUGAUGGGGUCGAGGGAGAUGGAGGUGAAGAGGGUAAGGGGGGAGAUAGGAGGGGAAAGAGAAGAGGAUGGGGAUGGGGAUGGGGAUUUGGUGGUGGAGGUUAGGUUUGCGGAUGAGAUGUGGUGGGAGCUGAUGGGGCGGGGGAAGAUAGCGGGGGAUGAGCGGUGGGUUGUUGGUGAGGAUGGUAAUGGGAGGGUUACUAUUGUGAGGUUUUGAUGAUGGAGAUGGAUGGAUGGGGGGUUAACAAAUAAGUACUUGGCUGUCUAUUGGUAUCUUACGAUAGACGGACGGGGUGCUGAGAGAUUGCAUACGGAAUCCCAUGUGUGUGCGCGGCGACGAAAGUGGUAUUAAGUUAAUGCCUUCGUAUGGUUGGGGUGGAAUUAAUAUACCUUAGGUACUUUAGGACUGAACAUUGUACUUGAUAUGAAAGGUAUUUGUUAAGUUAGGAGUAGAAGCCCCUUUUAUACCCCUAUUAGAGAUGCCUUGGAACUUUCAAGAUACCUAACCUAAUGCCCUUAUAAUGUACGGGUGAGGAGACUAUACUAUACUAUAUAGUUGAUACGAGUAAUACAAUUAAUCUAUCCAA